AUGAUAUUAAUCUACAAUUAUCUAUUUAUACCUAUCUUAAUAGAUAUACUCAAAACUAUUGAUUAAUCCAUUAGAUUAAUUGCCAAACUUAUUUAAUUAUAACCCAAAGAAUUUUAUUUAUAAGCAUUAUAUUCACAACCAAAUAAUAUUACUUUUUUGAAAACUAUUGGAGGGUUGCUUUAAGAAUUCAAAAUAGAUUUGCCAGAUUAUUAGAUAAGAAUAGAUUUGAUGCUUUACAAAUAUUCCCGAAUUUGA